AUGUGCACCCAGGAAUCCCAGCAGCCAAAUGCACUCAUUACUGCUCAAAAUCAUGGUACCAUCCUGGUAAUGGUAGCUUGGUUCCUUGCCUGCCUACUUGCUCUGUGUACAGCGACGAGAGUCAUUAGUCGGUGCAGAUCAAAUCGUCUCCCCCGACUUCCGCUAUCAGACGACUUCAUCAUCGUUACUGCUUCGAUAUGUUCUCUAGGAAGCACGGUCAUAAUAUCAACGGCUGUGGACUCGGGCCUUGGGAAGCGAGAAUGCCUCGUAGUUGCCGUCGACGUGGAUCAAGUUCAGAUGAAGAUCUUCAUCUCAACGAUACUAUUCGUCCUGGCCCUUAGCAUAUCCAAGUGCUCGAUUCUUUUGUACAUGUACCAAGUUGCAGAGAACACGUUGCAGAGAGUUGCGGCAGUUGUUAUAGGUAUCAUCGUGCUCCUAUGGUCAAUGGCUGUGAUGGCGGGCAUCAUCUUUCAGUGUGAGAUGCCGAAACCGUGGGAAAUAUGGACUGGAAAGUGCAUCCCUUUGUUUCCAUUUUGGGUCGCAACAACUGCUGUUGAUAUUGUUAUCGACAUCGCUUUGUUCCUGCUCUCGGCCUGCACAGUGUGGAGUUUACGUAUCGAGUACUGUCAGAAGUCGUUGGCGACAGUGAUCUUUUCGCUCCGCUCAUUCCUCGUAGCAGCAUCCAUCAUCCGCCUCCUGUACCUACAGCGUGCCUUGUCCCCCUCAGCAGACCCAACCUUUGAUUUCAUUCCGUACGCAAUCACCACACAAUGCCACUCAACACUCUCCGUCCUCUUAGCCUGCAGCCUCAUCCUCCGACCCCUCACCGACCUAUUCCGCGUCACCCGUUCCCAACAAGCCCAAAAGCCCAAACCAGGCCAUUGUAAACACUGGUCCGGAACCACCGUCGGCGGCACCCCCUACGAAACAUUCGACUCCACCACCGCCACCGCCAACCCACAGAUCAUCAAAGAACCAUUGCCCUCAAUUCAGGCAUCCAUGUCAACACCCACUUCACCCGUAGCAUCGAGGAACUCUCUAACAACAACCGACGUGCUCCUCCCAGAUAUUCUCCUCCCAGUCAAGUAUGCAAAGGCUCCGCCCAGACCGCCUCCACCGUCUGAUGCGCAGCGCCCGGAUCUCACCAUGUUCACCAAGAAGACGAUCAUUAGACAGCCACCUGUGGUGACGAGGCUGGGUAGCGUGGUGCGAGGCGAUGAGGGGAGCAGAGCGUGGGAAAAGGUUGGGAAAGAGCGGAGUCUUCGGGAAAGGGGGUUGGCUUAG